AUGGAAAAUCUCACCUUAUCUUUUCUUAGAAUAACUAGGAAGAAGACUUUGGUUGUAACUUUAGUACUGGUUAUUACGAUUAAUUUCCUACAGAUUACAGAAUCUAUGGAAAUUGAUUGCGAUUUUGUGUCGACAACUUUCAAUGCUGGUGGAUUGAUUGAUGCAGUUGGAAUAUAUUAUAUCUGUUUUGCAACACUAUCUGGUGAGAUAGAGAACAUGAAUGUCACAGAAGUUACUGGGGAGCACAUGGAAGAACAAACCAAUGAGGAUUUAGCUAUGCUCAUAAUCGAACGAUAUGCGUGGUUGACGGAAAUUCCAUUAGACAUCGACAAGUUUUUCCCAAACAUAGAAGUUUUUCAAAUGAGACACACUCAAAUGAAAACAAUUCGUGCUUUCGAGUUGCAACAAUUUCCAAAUUUAGAGUAUCUGAUAGUUGAUAGUAAUCAAUUAGAAACCCUCGAAAAAGAUGUAUUCCAAUUUACACCAGCUGUGAAAGGAAUCAAUUUAAAUUUCAACCAAAUCAAAAGGCUAUCCAUAAAUAUUUUCGGAUCAUUAAACUUGGAUUUUCUGAAAAUGAACCAAAAUGUUUGCAUUAAUGAUAAAGCGGAAACGCCUCAAAAUAUGUACAGAGUUUUAGUAGUUGUUGAUGUUUUUUGUACUCCAUUAGGUGAUAGAAUUCAAGAAGAACGGUUGAUUGAAAUUACUGAGGAUCUUGAAAUGAAUAUUAUGGAAACAGAAAGCCUAAAUCUAAAAGUAACGAAUUUAACCAGCGAUAAUGAAGAGUUGAUAAAGAGAGGCAUGAUUCAAGAAGAACGGUUAAAUGAAAUUACUGAAGAACUUGCUACGAAUAUCAGAGAAACAGAAAAUCUAAAUCUAAAAGUAACAAAUUUAACCAGCAAGAAUGAAGAGCUGAUAAAGAGAGGCAUGAUUCAAGAAGAACGGUUGCUUCAAAUUUCUGAAGAACUUGACACGAAAAUUAGACAAAUAGAAAAUUUAGACCUAAAAAUUUCGGAUUUAAUCAGCGAGAAUGAAGAGUGGAUAGAUAAGGUUGAGCGGUUGGAAUAUAUUGUAAAUCACAUAAGUUACCCAAUAGGAACAAAUUAUUCCGUAACUAAACAAUGA